AUGGUCGUAAAAGACGAUACCUUCCGAGUAUUGAUUGCCGGCGCUGGUAUUGCGGGGCUUGCUACGUCAAUUUCACUCAGGCGCAUAUCCGAUCUUGCCAAUCUUGAUGUGCAUAUUUACGAGCAGGCUCCGGAGCUCUUGGAGAUUGGAGCCAGUAUUGCACUAAGUCCGAAUGGUAUGCGCACCUUGGAGAAGCUCGGCGUGAACAAUGCUCUCACCGAUGAGGUUGGGUAUAGAGGACCAAGUGGAAUACCGCAAAUUUUCCGUCAUUGGAAGACCAACCAAGUUAUCUCAGUCGACACGCACAAUGAUGUUCCCGAUCCUCGCCACCAUACGACUCGCUUCCACCGAGGCCAUCUGCAUGCUGCUCUCCUAGAGCAUGUCCCAAGAGAGUCUAUCCACUUGGGAAAAAAGAUAAAACGAGCAGAGGCUAGCCAGGAUAGGGUGUCAUUGCACUUCGAGGAUGGAAGUAGUGCUCAUGGUCAUAUUUUGAUCGGGGCAGAUGGGAUUCGAUCGCCAGUGAGACAAUCUUUCAUUCCGGACUAUAAGCUGCGAUUCAGUGGGAAGGUCUUCAUGAGAUCAACUUUCGAUGUAUCAUUGAUCGAGGGCAAGGUGCCUGACUUGCCCAUCGAUGCGAUGCAUUGGUGGGGGCCACGAGACAAUUUCUUCGCAUCCCGACUUGGCAAGGGACAAUAUACUACCGUUGGCGCUUACGAUGAUCCACGUACCGCAGAGGAAGUUGAACAAAGCAUCGCAUGGGAUCAAAAAGGAAAUGUGGAGUUCUUGAGGGAAAGAUACAAAGACUGGAACCCCACCAUCCGAGCCCUUACCCAGCUCACUCCGUCAACCAAUUUAUAUCCAAACUUUGCCGGAGAUGCUCUUUCAACCUGGGUAUUUGGUUCGCGGGUCACUCUUAUCGGUGAUGCAGCACAUGCACAUGGUGGCUCCUUUGCUGCAGGUGGGUCUUUGGCGCUCGAUGACUCUCUCGCUCUUGGUCUUGCUUUCAAGCAUGUUUUCAACUCACCUUCAAGGCCUUCGCUGUCAUCUGAUAGUAUAAACAAGGCUCUGGUACUAUACAGCAAGACGAGACAACCACACACGGCGCGUCUAUUGCGUAUUAUACAUAACCAGAUUAAAAAGAGAGCGCCAGAAGAUGCGACAUUCGAAGAGGAAGACGCUACACUUGUUGCUAGGAUGAAGACUCGCCCUAACACCGAAUGGCUAUCAGAACAUGACGUCGAAACUGCUUUUGCAGCCGUGAUUAACCAGAGUACGUCCGAGAGAUAUCCUGAACAAGCAUCAGCCGUGAAAGAAGAAAGCAAACAGGGCAAGGCGGUUGAUGAAAACAUCCGGCUUCAGGGAAGCAAGAUUUAG